ACUCUCGAUCGGAACCACCCAACUUAAUUAAUUAACGCACAGAUCAGCGCGAGCUAGCUACCUAAUUGACCAAGCAUGGCGCCGACGGCGGCGAGCAACGGCAACGGCCACGGCCACCACCGCGCCGGCGAGGGCGAGGACGGUGCAGCCGCCGGCAGGGAGUGGAGGUUCGCGGCGAGGGGCGGCGGCGCGACGGCGGCGGCGGCGGGGGACAAGAUGAGCAUCCGGGCGGUGCGGUACAAGAUCAGCGCCAGCGUGGACGACCUCGGCCCCCGCCCCGUGCUGCCGCUCGCCCACGGCGACCCCUCCGUCUUCCCGGAGUUCCGCACCGCCGCCGACGCCGAGGACGCCGUCGCCGACGCGCUCCGCUCCGGCGACUUCAACUGCUACCCCGCCGGCGUCGGCCUCCCCGCCGCGCGACGAGCCGUGGCAGACCACUUGUCGCAUGACCUUCCAUACAAGCUAUCUCCUGAUGACAUCUUCCUAACCGCCGGAGGCACUCAAGCAAUCGAGGUCGUGAUCUCAAUCCUGGCCCAACCGGGCACCAACAUACUGCUCCCCAGACCAGGGUACCCAAACUACGAAGCCCGUGCAGCAUUCAACAACCUGGAGGUUCGCCACUUUGAUCUCAUCCCUGAGAAAGGUUGGGAGAUCGACCUCGACUCCGUGGAGGCUAUCGCAGACAAGAACACGGCCGCGAUGGUCAUCAUAAACCCCAAUAACCCGUGUGGGAGCGUCUACACUUACGAGCAUUUAUCCAAGGUGGCGGAGUUAGCGAGGAAGCUUAGGAUAUUAGUAAUUGCAGAUGAGGUGUAUGGUAAAUUGGUUUUUGGGAGUACUCCGUUUGUGCCAAUGGGUUGUUUUGGGCACAUUGCACCGAUAUUAACUAUAGGAUCGCUAUCAAAGAGAUGGAUAGUGCCAGGAUGGCGACUUGGUUGGGUAGCAAUAUGUGACCCCAAGAUGAUUCUGCAAGAAAGCAAGAUUGCAACAUUAAUUACUAAUUUCCUCAAUGUCUCGACUGAUCCGGCAACUUUCAUUCAGGGAGCUCUUCCUCGUAUUCUCAAGAAUACCAAGGAAGAAUUCUUUAAGAGGAUAAUUAAUUUGCUUACGGAAACAUCAGAGAUUUGCUAUAGAGAAUUAAAGGAUAUCAAAUGCAUCACCUGUCCUCACAAGCCCGAAGGCUCCAUGUUUGUGAUGGUGAAAUUGAACUUACAUCUUUUGGAGGGUAUCCAUGAUGAUGUUGAUUUUUGUUGUCAACUUGCAAAAGAAGAGUCAGUGAUUCUUUGCCCAGGGAGUGUACUGGGAAUGGAAAAUUGGGUCCGGAUUACUUUUGCUAUCGGUACAUGUUCUCUCCUGGACGGUCUUGAUAGGAUCAAAUCGUUCUGCCUAAUGCACAAGAAGAAAAUCCCUUUAAAUGUCAUCUAGAUUGUACUAGGAUUGGUUAAUAAUAAUUCUGUUGGUUGUGGUUUGUACCUUUCUCCAAUGUGGAACUAUUAAUCUGCUAUGAAUAAAGCUUUCUAUUCAUAUA